GCCUGUCUCGCUUUGAUGCCGCCGAGCCCCAACGCCACUUCUGGGCGGCCAUCAGGCGGAGGCGGCGACGAGCUCCGGGCUCCAGGGAGGGAGAUGGGGCAGGCAGUGACGCGCUGCCUCGGAGCCGGAGCCCGCGCAGCGCCCCGCAAGGCGAUGGACGGCCGAGCCCCGCGCGUGCAGGACGCUCCGGCGGCGCUCCCGCCGGCCGCACCCGCAGGGAGAAAACCAAAAGCCAAGGCUCCACUUCCUCCAGCUGAGACCAAAUGCCUUGAUGCCUCUUCAGUUGAUGAUUCUGUAGAAUCUUCUGCUUUUAUCAUGGAUCAGAAAGAGAACAUGACAGAUAAAGACAUUGAACUCUUGGUGGUUCUACCUGGAGAUAUUAUCAAAUCUACUACUGUUAAUGGCAGUAAACCUAUGAUGGACUUGUUGAUUUUCCUCUGUGCACAAUAUCACUUAAAUCCAUCAAGUCACACAAUUGAUCUGCUCUCAGCUGAAAACAACCCCAUUAAAUUUAAGCCAAACACACCAAUAGGAAUGUUGGAGGUGGAGAAAGUAAUUUUAAAGCCAAAAAUUCUGGAUAAGAAAAAACCUACACCUUUAAUACCAGAGAAAACUGUGAGAGUAGUGAUCAAUUUUAAGAAAACGCAGAAGACAAUAGUGAGAGUUAGCCCACAUGCACCACUUCAAGAACUUAACGCCAUUAUAUGCAGCAAAUGUGAGUUUGAUCCAUUACACACACAGUUAUUGAAGGACUAUCAGUCUCAGGAGCCCCUUGACUUGACAAAGUCUCUUAAUGAACUGGGACUGAGAGAAUUAUAUGCCAUCGAUGUUAGCAAAGCCACUUCUGUUACUGCCUUCAGUAAGUCAUCUUUACAAGAGUCCUGCCAAAUAUCACAAAACCUAGACCUUAUGAAGGAUAAAGAAAGUAAAGGGUUUUUCAGCUUAUUUCAACGCAGUAAGAAAAAGCGGGAGCAAACUGUCAGUGCUCCUGCGACUCCUCUAGUAAGUAAGCACCGGCCAACUUUUACAAAGAGCAAUACCAUUUCCAAACAGUAUAUUUCAAACACCCUGCCGUCGGAUGCCCCCAAGAAGAGGCGUGCCCCACUGCCUCCAAUGCCGGGGUCUCAGAGUGCCCCCCAGGACCUCGCGCACAUCCAGGAGAGGCCAGCUUCUUGUAUGGUGAAAUCCCCUAGUGUGGAUGAAACAGAGGAGAGUUCCUAUGGAGCAGGCAGAGUGAGGACGGGUUCUCUGCAGCUCAGCAGCACAUCUGCUGGGAAUUCAUCUUUGAAAAGGACAAAGCGAAAAGCACCUUCCCCGCCCUCGAAAACAGUCCCGCUGCAAAGCGAUGAGAACAGUCAUGUGACUGCCACGCAGUCAGUCCCUGCAGUUCUUAGCAACAGUGGUGUAGAAGUGAGCUCUUCUGAGGGCCUGUCCAGCCCAGACGCCUCCCUCGGCCCUGGGAAUGAACAGCGCGCUGUGUCCCAGCUGCCGGCCGGAGCCCCUGUCUCGGGGUGCCCUGGGACGCCUGAGGCUGCCGCCACAUCUCUGCCUUCUGGAAUAAGCUCUGAUUAUAGCCUUGAAGAGAUAGAUGAAAAGGAAGAACUGAGUGAAAUGCCUAAAGAUGAGGCUGAAAAUACUUCUCUGAAGUCACAAGACAUUCCUACUGUAUCUACUGAUAUAAUAAAUACACUGAAAAAUGAUCCUGACUCAGCCCCUGGCAGUGCUACUGGAGAGUCCUCACAAAACUCCAAAGAAAAACAAGGAACUAGAAACACAGAUGAACAAAGGCCACACAUUAUGGUAUGUAAUUCAAGCGACAAAGAGAGGGUAGUUGACAGUGUAAGAAACCUGAAGUCACUGGACCCAAACCAAGAGAAAGUAGAUCAACAUGAAAUAAUUGUCAUUCCAACAAACACAGAAAAUAUGAAAAAUGGAGUGAGAACAGAAAUCAAUGUAGCAGAUGUUGCCCAAAAUAACAAUGUGGACACAGAAGUUGACAGACUAUCAAAUUAUCAGGCAUAUAAAACUGAUACUGCUAGACAUUACAAAGAAAAUCAUCUUACUGUUUCAUCAGCACCAGAUCAAAACCUGAUUCAACCCAGUGCAGAAAAGACAAAAAUGCAAGAUGCAGCAAUUCAGACAAUCCCUUCCUGUGACAGUUUUGAUGGGGAUCAGCAAGAUCAGAAUUUGUCUGACGUCAAAGUUGAUGAAAGUGUGCAAACUUCAAGUAACAACAAAUCAACUCAACGCUCAUCUUUAAGCCCACAAGAGUCUAUAGAUAUCUCAGGAGAAUUCAGGAGUCAGAGCCCCCUUGUUGUACAUACCGAAGAGCAAUUCACCAUAAAAGAUCCAACUUGUGCACAUGGUAGUGACAAUCUUUUGUCUCCUAUAGACGGAACUGAUAAAAAUUCAACAGCUUCUUAUGUAAAGAAUUAUCCAUUUUACAGACAAGAUUAUAAUCCCAAACCAAAACCUUCAAAUGAAAUUACAAGAGAGUACAUACCCAAAAUUGGGAUGACUACUUAUAAAAUAGUGCCUCCCCGAUCCCUAGAAAUAUCAAAAGAUUGGGAAUCGGAAACCAUAGGGUAUAAAAGUGAUCAGGAGAUAUACACUUUAGGGAAAAGGGACACUUAUGAGAAUGUGAAAGAAACUACAAUCCAAACAGAAGAUCUUGUCAUUUCUGAAAGCCCAAAGGAGUCACAAGCAGACCUGAAAUCAAAGCCUACCCUGAGAACAGAGCAUCAGAUGCAAAGUGACGAGAGCUUUACCCGCAGCAGAGUGGUGAAUCCUCUGAAACCUCCCAGAAUGAUGAGUGACACUGGCACAGCUCCUUUUGCGCCAAAAUUGGAAGAUAUAAACAAUAUUUUGGAAUCAAAAUUUAAAUCGCGGGUUUCAAAUCCCCACUCCAAACCAAGUGCUUUUUUCUUGCAGAUGCAAAAAAGAGUUUCAGAUCACUAUGUGUCAUCUGCAGCCGCCAAGAGUGUUCAUGCUGCCUCUAAUCCUACUCCAAAGGAAUUAAUAAAGAAAGAGGUGGAAAGGGAUACAAUACCUCCUCCAGAGCCAGCUCUUUCUCCCUUAAGUAAAACUAUUCAAUCUUUUCCACAGCCACACGUUCAAAACACUGAUGAUGACAGCAACCAGAAGCCUACUGAAACCUUUCCUCCUCCUGUGGCCUCUCCGCCGCCUCCUCCCCCUACCCCCGUGGCCUCUCCCCCUUCUCCCGUGGCCUCUCCACUCCCCACUCCUCCCGUGACCUCUCCCCUCCCCCCUCCCCCCGUGGCCUCUCCCCUCCCCCCUCCUCCCGUGACCUCUCCCCUCUCCCCUCCUCCCGUGGCCUCUUCCCCUCCUCCCGUGGCCUCUCCCCUCCCCACUCCUCCCGUGGCCUCUCCCCUCCCCACUCCUCCCGUGGCCUCUCCCCUUCCCCCCCUUCCCGUGGCCUCUCCCCUUCCCCCUCUUCCCUUGGCCUCUCUCCCUCCUCCUGUGGCCUCCAAACCUGUUCCUCUUCCCAAGAGUCAGUUAGCAACACUAAAUCUGAAAACUCUGAAAACUUUUGGUGCCCCACGACCAUACUCCAGCUCUGCUCCUUCACCGUUUGCCCUCGCUGUGGUGAAACGGUCACAGUCUUUCAGCAAAAGCCCUGCAGAGUCAUGCAGUGAGGAGGUCAAGGGUGCCUCUGCCGGAACUCCAACUGAUGCAGAGAAAGGGAAGAUCCCUUCUGUAAAUACAUUUGGGAACAUGCCACAACUAGGUGUGAGUGAUGAGGAAAAUAACUCUGCACAUAAUGAACAGAAUCCUCAAAUACCAUCUCCAACUGACUGCCGGUCGUUCACUCUUAAGAGACAAAGUUCUUCGACAUUCCAAAGCUCUGACCCAGAACAGAUCCGACAGAGUUUGCUGACUGCAAUUCGUUCUGGAGAGGCUGCUGCCAAAUUGAAAAGGGUUACAGUUCAACCAAAUACAAUAUAUGUGAAUGGAAAAUCAAGACUCAGCCGUUCUAUGUCCCUUGAUGCCCCGGGUAACUGUUAAAUGUUGCCCUGCCAUGCCGCACUUCACCACCUUUACUGCACAGAACAACUUCAUACUGAUGGAGAAUGUUAGCAAAUGUAUAUUCAGAUAUACACUAAUAUAUUAUCUAUUAAAGCAUAAGAAUUUGUGCUGUGACUUUUAAUGCCAAAAGAAGAAUUACCAGAAUUUAUAAUUUAUAAUAAUAAGUUUGGCCUUUUUUGCCUUAAGAACUGAAUAUGCUGCUUUAGAACUUUAAGACAAGGUGUUGAUAACUCAUUUUUUCAAAUGAGAAAUAGUCACUUUUUGUUGAUUUCACUUAUUUUUCACUUAUUAAUACAUUACCUACAAUGGUGACUUAGACAAAUGGAUAAAUUAGGAUUCAUAGACUUAUUUAUGUGACACCUAAAUAGCUAGGCAAACAUAGAUCUGACAUUUGCUGCCUCAAUGUUAGUUUAAUUGGAAAUGUUUUUAAGUUAUAUUAAAGCCUGUUUGUGCUGAAAGUUUGAUCUAGAAAACUAAUGAUAUCAAUAAGUAUAUUCAGUUCAACAGUUAAUUUCAAUGAUGAAUCACUUAGUGUGCAGGUCUUAUCUUGCACAUUGUUUAUGUAAUUACAAAAUCAGUGUCAAGUUUAUGGAAAAGCUCAUAGUAUUUUAAUAUUUUAUUAACAUGGACACUUACGUUUUUUCAUCUUUAGAACUUAAAUUGCUCAAGAAGAAUUUUAAAUAUUUUCUGUAUAUAAUUAUAACAUUAUUGUCACACAGAUUUUACACAUUUUAUGUGCCAGAAGCCUUAAAAAUCUUCCUGUGAAAAUGUUGAUAUAUUGUGACAGUUAUUUCAAAUUCGAUAUGUAGAGAAGAAUAGGGGUUAGUUUAUGUCCAUAUUGGAAAACUUUAAAGAUUACUUGGAGGUUUCAGAAAUCCUGGUUUUAAUUAAAGUGAUAAAGUCAUUAUGUAGUUCAGAAGCUAAUAUUCUAAAUAAUAUAUAUUUACAUUAAAGCUAAAAUUGUUAAGCAAAACAAUGCCUAACUUGUUGGCUUAUAACGAUUCUGGGGUCUGGAGCUUGUUGAUGUCCUGGUUCCUACCUGAAGAGUUUAAUUGCUUGCUUAUUCUAAAUGCCUUGUCAAACAAACUGAUAUUAUGUUAGUUACUGGGAUAUCUGCCUCUUUGGAAAAUAUGUUGAUUUUUCCCCUGUUUAAUAAAAGCAAGUUACAUAUUUGG